UAGCUUCUGUCGUUAGGGCACCCUCUUUCCUUGCUAAAUACCGACUGCCCCAUCCAUGUGGUGGUGUGUGUGCACUUGCCAGUCUGCUUGAGAGUGAAGAUCUCGAAGGAUUGCAUAGUUAAGUUGCUUUUACAGAAUUAACAGGUCUCCAAGAAAUAAAAAAAGGUCAUUAUUGCUGUGGUUUGAGCUCAGCAUGGCUGUAGUCAUCCGUUUACUGGGGCUUCCUUUUAUUGCGGGGCCUGUGGAUAUUCGUCACUUCUUCACGGGAUUGACUAUUCCUGAUGGAGGAGUGCAUAUAAUUGGAGGGGAAGUUGGGGAGGCUUUUAUUAUUUUUGCAACAGAUGAAGAUGCAAGACGUGCCAUAAGUCGUUCAGGAGGGUUUAUCAAGGAUUCAUCUGUAGAGCUUUUUCUUAGUAGUAAGGCAGAAAUGCAGAAGACUAUAGAAAUGAAAAGAACUGAUCGCAUGGGAAGAGAGAGACCAGGAUCUGGGGCACCAGGGGUUGGCAGCUUAUCUAAUUUUGUUGAGGCUAUUAAAGAAGAAGCAAGUAAUUCUGGAUAUGGCUCUCCGAUUAAUCAAGAUGCUGGGUUUCAUACUAACGGUACAGGACAAGGUGAUUUAAGGCCAAGAAAGACACGGCCAUUGAAGGCAGAGAAUCCUUACUUGUUUCUGCGAGGCUUGCCUUACUUAGUAAAUGAAGAUGAUGUACGUGUCUUUUUCUCUGGUUUGUGUGUGGAUGGAGUAAUUUUCUUAAAGCAUCAUGAUGGCCGAAAUAAUGGUGAUGCCAUAGUAAAAUUUGCUUCAUGUAUCGAUGCUUCAGGAGGUCUUAAAUGUCAUAGAAGUUUUAUGGGCUCAAGAUUUAUUGAAGUAAUGCAAGGCUCGGAACAACAGUGGAUUGAGUUUGGAGGUAAUGCAGUUAAGGAGGGUGACAUUUCUAUGAGGACUGAAGAACAUUCUCCACCAAGAGGAAUUAAUGAUAGACAUUUUUGGAAACGAUCUCAUUCAAAAUCUCCCAGAAGAACACGUUCUCGUUCUCCUCUUGGAUUUUAUGUUCACUUAAAAAACCUGUCCCUAAGUAUUAACAAAAGAGAUUUAAGAAAUUUCUUUAGAGAUACUGAUCUGACUAAUGAACAGAUUAGAUUUUUAUAUAAGGAUGAAAGAAGAACAAGAUAUGCCUUUGUGAUGUUCAAGACUCUGAAAGACUACAACACUGCUCUGGGUUUACAUAAGACUGUUUUACAGUAUCGUCCAGUUCAUAUUGAUCCAGUUUCUAGAAAACAGAUGCUGAAGUUCAUUGAAUGUUAUGAAAAGAAAAGAGCAGCGUCAACAGAGAAAGAGAGGCUUGGACACGUUUCACAAAAAUACUCUCAAGAAGGCUAUUCUGGCCAGAAACUGUGCAUAUAUAUAAGAAAUUUUCCAUUUGAUGUUACAAAAGUUGAAGUGCAGAAGUUCUUUGCAGACUUUUCUCUUGCUGAGGAUGACAUUUACUUGCUUUAUGAUGACAAAGGAGUUGGUCUAGGAGAAGCAUUGGUGAAAUUCAGAUCAGAAGAACAGGCCGUGAAAGCUGAACGUUUAAACCGACGAAGAUUCUUGGGGACAGAGGUAUUGUUAAGGCUCAUAUCUGAGGUACAAAUGCGGGAGUUUGGUGUAAAUUUUUCUUCAAUGUCCAGUGAGAGGAUGCAUGACCAUUCACAGUCAUGUGAUAGAGAUGAUCAUUCCCAUUCAUUUGACUCAAAUGAUCUACCAUUAUACUCGGUUGGCCCUUCUGAAAACUUUAGGCAUCAGCAAGAGGACUUGAGGCAACUGGACAAUUUCAAGCAUCCCCAGGGGGAUUUCCGACCUCCUGAAAGGCGCCCUCCAGAAGACUUUAGGCAUUCCCCAGAGGAUUUCAGGCACUCCCCUGAAGACUUCAGGCGCCUUCGGGAGGAACACUUCAGGCGGCCUCCUGAGGAGGACUUCAGGCGCCCUUGGGAAGAGGACUUCAGACACUCUCCGGAGGAGGAUUUCAGGCGCUCUCGGGAGGAGGACUGGAGGCGGCCACCUGAGGAGGAUUUCAGGCGGCCUCCCAAGGAAGACUUCAGGAGACCCCCUGAGGAGGACUGGAGGCGGCCCCCCCAGGGAGACUUCAGGAGGCCACCUGAGGAGGAUUGGAGACGGCCUCCUGAGGAGGACUUCAGACGGCUUCCCCCGGGGGAAUGGAGGCGACCACCUGAGGAAGACUUCCGGCGGCCCCCUGAGGAGGAUUUCAGGCGACUUCCAGAGGAAGACUUCCGGCGACCUCCUGAGGAGGACUUCAGGCGGCCCCACGAGGAGGACUUCAGGCGGUCUCCUGAGGAGGAUUUCCGGCGUUCUCCUGAGAAGGACUUCCGGCGGCCACCUGCGGAACACUUCCGGCGGCCGCCCCCGGAGCACUUCCGGCGGCCACCUGUGGAGCACUUCCGGCGGCCGCCUCAGGAGCAUUUCCGGCGGCCGCCCCAGGAGCAUUUCAGACGGCCGCCCCAGGAGCAUUUCAGACGGCCGCCUCAGGAACAUUUCAGGCGGCCAUCCCAGGAGCAUUUUAGGCGCCCCCGAGAGGAAGAUUUUAGGCACCCACUGGAUGAAGAUUUCAGGGGCCCUCCAGAUGAAGACUUUAGGCACCCUCCUGAUGAGGAUUUCAGGAGUCCCCAGGAGGAAGAUUUUAGAAGCCCUUCUGAUGAGGACUUCAGGCGGCUCCCGGAGGAAGACCUCAGGGAAGCUCCGGAGGAGGACCCUAGACUUACUGACAGUUUUAGACUUCCUGGUGAGGAGUUUAGGAGCCCCCCUGAUGAUUUUAGAAGUCAUCGCCCUUUUGUGAAUUUUGGUCGCCCAGAAGGUGGCAAGUUUGAUUUUGGAAAGCGUAAUAUGGGAAGUUUUCCUGAGGGGAGAUUUAUGCCUGAUCCAAAAUUAAAUUGUAAUUCAGGUAGAGUAACACCCAUUAAGAUAAUGAAUCUUCCAUUUAAAGCUAAUGUUAAUGAAAUUCUAGACUUUUUCCAUGGUUACAGAAUCAUACCUGAUUCAGUUUCAAUACAGUAUAACGAGCAAGGAUUACCUACAGGGGAAGCCAUUGUUGCCAUGAUAAACUACAAUGAAGCUAUGGCUGCUAUUAAAGAUCUGAAUGAUAGGCCAGUUGGCCCCCGCAAAGUUAAGUUAAUUUUGCUCUAGAGAGCAUUUCUAAAUUCAAAAUUACCUCCCCACAGUAUUGAUGCAGUAAAAUGCAUUUUUUUAAGUGUUUAUUUUUAACUAAUGAAAAGAAACAUUUUAAUUUUGACCUGUGAAUAGAACAAAUGUAAAUAGUAGAAUGUGAAUCUGGUUUUCUUUUGCUUGCAAAUUGUCAUUCACUUUUUCUAACUUAAAAAUAUAUAUGCCUUUUUGUUUUUUUUUUUUUUUGACCAGUGGGGGAGAGAACUAAUUCCCUCAGUGCAUUAAUUUUUGUUGAUGUCAUGGGUAAACGUCAAGACUUGUAUAGUAGAACUGUAUUUGGGGAAGAUAAGUUUUAUAUUCACUUUUGUUUCCAUUCUGUAGUCUACAUCUUUUUACUCAAACUGUAUAAGGAAAUGGUCAGUGACUGAUUGUUCAGGGUUAGCAUUUUCAUUGCUAACUGCCUGCAGAAUUAAUGCCCUCUUCCUUGUCUGAGAUAUUACUGUGUUAAGCCUCCCCUUAAUCAUAAAUAGUUCAAAAUUGACAGACUGUGAACUUGAAGUUUACUUAUGUAAAAAGCUUAGGAAAUUCUUAAAACUUCGAUGCUCAUAACUUGCAAAAUUUUAUAAAAAUAAAAAAAUUGCAACUGAAUAGACCAAUUAACUUGUAUUUGUAUAAAGAGAAAAAAGAAUUAUAGCUUCUUUUGUGAAGGUUUCCAACAGCUGUAUAAGGUAAUAUUUAUGACAGGAGAGACCAAACAUUCUGUAAUAAUAGUGUAUUAGUGCUGUGUAUAGUUCUGUGGUUUCUUCCAACAUCUCACCAACCAAACUGAUAAGAUUUACUCAAAAUACUUAAAGACAAAAAAAUAAAAAGUAAUUAUAGGUACAAGGGGACUUUCAGGCUUAUGCUGGGAAGAAUCUGAUAAAUGGACAUAGUUUGUGUUUCUAGGAAGAAUUUACUGAUGAUUCAUAUAACUUGUAUUUUUAAAAUUAGGUUCUCAUUUCUUAAUUUCAAAACUUUUUAUCCAAAGACUCAAUGACUAAAUAUAACAAGACUUUUGUGAGAUUGAAUUUUGACUUUUUUGAUAUUUGACGUUUAGUGUAGACAUUUUGCAAAUACUGGAUUUGAUUUUCUAUACCAUCAUAAUGUUAAUGCUAACAUUGGGCACUUACUGUGUGCUAGGCAGUAUAAGUACUUUACAUGCAUAAUGUCAAUCAUAAUUAUUCCCUAAGAAGCUUAAGAGUAUUUAGCUCUAUCUCACAAAUGAGAUAAUGAAAUUCAGAGAGUUUAAGUUACUUGCCUAAAGUCAUAGCUAGUAAAUCAUGGAGCCAGUUUCAGCCCAGACAGACUACACACUCCAGUUCAUGCUCUUAAUACUUUUGCCUGCUAACUUUGUUAAAUGCUGUUUUUAAUUUUAGUAAGAAAGACCAUGCUAAAAAUAUUUUCAAGAGUAAAGGAUAUUUUCUUACCUCCAUUGUUGCUUUAAAAAUAGCAUUAAGAAAAGAUAAAAUUAGUAUGCCCAAACAUUGUUAAUAAAAGACAAAGUAACUAAAACAUAUAUCCAGGGUUUCGCUGGGAGACAAAUAUUAUGUAUUGGCUUCUAAUUUAAAAUUGUU